CAGUCCGGCUCAUUGCAUGGCGCGGCCGCUCCGCCGAGCUCUCCGUCGCGGCGCUUGGGCUGCUGCGCCCUGAGCCGCGGGACCCGGCGCGGCCAUCGGCCAUGGGGAGCAAGGGCCAUUAUCGGUAUCACUGGCAGAGCCACAAUGUCAAGCACAGCGGCGUGGACGAUAUGGUCCUUCUUUCCAAGAUCUCAGAAGACUCCAUUGUGGAGAACCUCAAGAAGCGGUACCUGGAUGACUUUAUUUUUACAUACAUUGGAUCCGUUCUAAUCUCUGUGAAUCCGUUCAAGCAGAUGCCGUAUUUCGGAGAGAAAGAAAUUGAAAUGUACCAGGGAGCUGCACAGUAUGAAAACCCACCACACAUCUAUGCCCUGGCAGAUAAUAUGUACCGGAAUAUGAUUAUAGACAGAGAGAACCAGUGUGUGAUCAUCAGCGGUGAAAGUGGUGCCGGGAAGACGGUGGGAGCCAAGUACAUCAUGAGUUACAUCUCCAAAAUAUCAGGAGGAGGCCCCAAAGUGCAGCAUGUGAAGGAUAUAAUUCUGCAGUCUAACCCUCUCCUGGAGGCCUUUGGGAAUGCCAAAACUGUGCGGAACAACAAUUCCAGCAGAUUUGGGAAAUACUUUGAAAUCCAGUUCAGUCCAGGUGGGGAGCCAGAUGGAGGCAAGAUCUCCAACUUCCUGCUGGAGAAGUCACGAGUGGUCAUGAGGAAUCCUGGGGAAAGGAGCUUCCACAUUUUUUACCAGCUGAUUGAGGGUGCCUCCAGUGAGCAAAAGACCAGCCUUGGCAUCACCAGUAUGGAUUACUAUCACUACUUGAGCCUCUCAGGAUCCUACAAAGUGGAAGACAUCAAUGACAAAUCUGAUUUCCAGGAAACUCUGCAUGCCAUGAAUGUCAUUGGGAUCUCUGCCGAAGAGCAGGCUUUGGUGAUCCAGAUUGUGGCAGGGGUGCUUCACCUGGGCAACAUCAGCUUCAAGGAAGCUGGCAACUACGCUGCAGUGGAGAGCGAGGAGUUUCUGGCAUUCCCAGCUUUCCUCCUGGGAAUUAACCAGUGCCGGCUUAAGGAGAAACUGACCAGCAGGCAGAUGGACAGCAAGUGGGGCGGCAAAUCGGAAUGCAUCAACGUGACCCUCAACGUGGAGCAAGCGUGUUACACCAGGGACGCCUUGGCCAAGGCGCUUCACGCCAGGGUCUUUGACUACUUGGUGGACUCCAUCAAUAAGGCAAUGGAAAAAGAUAAUCAAGAGUAUAAUAUUGGUGUCCUGGACAUCUACGGCUUUGAAAUAUUUCAGAAAAAUGGGUUUGAGCAAUUUUGCAUCAAUUUUGUCAACGAAAAGCUGCAGCAGAUCUUUAUUGAGCUGACCCUGAAAGCAGAGCAGGAGGAAUACGUUCAGGAAGGGAUUCGUUGGACGCCCAUAGAUUACUUCAACAACAAAAUUGUUUGUGACCUCAUAGAGAACAAAGUGAAUCCACCUGGCAUCAUGAGCAUCCUGGAUGAUGUCUGUGCCACAAUGCAUGCUGUUGGGGAAGGAGCAGACCAGACAUUGCUGCAGAAGCUGCAAAUGCAGAUUGGGACCCACGAGCAUUUCAACAGCUGGAAUCAGGGCUUCAUCAUCCAUCAUUAUGCCGGAAAGGUCUCCUACGACAUGGAUGGAUUCUGUGAGAGGAACCGAGACGUUCUGUUCAUGGACUUGAUUGAGCUCGUGCAAAGCAGCGAACUGCCUUUUAUAAAGGCUCUGUUUCCAGAGAACCUCCAAGCCGAUAAGAAAGGCCGACCCACCACUGCUGGCAGCAAGAUCAAGAAACAAGCCAACGACCUGGUGGGCACCCUGAUGAAAUGCACUCCCCAUUAUAUCCGCUGCAUCAAGCCCAAUGAAACCAAAAAGCCUCGUGACUGGGAGGAAAGCAGGGUAAAGCACCAAGUGGAGUAUCUCGGGCUCAGGGAAAACAUCCGUGUUCGCCGAGCCGGUUACGCCUACAGACGAGCGUUCCAGAAAUUCCUGCAGAGGUACGCCAUCCUGACUAAAGAGACCUGGCCGUCUUGGAAGGGAGAUGAAAAACAGGGAGUGCUCCACCUGCUCCAUUCUGUAAACAUGGAUCCUGACCAAUUCCAGCUUGGGAGAACUAAAGUCUUCAUCAAAGCACCAGAGUCUUUAUUUCUGCUGGAGGAAAUGAGGGAACGAAAGUAUGAUGCCUAUGCGAGGGCCAUCCAGAAGGCAUGGAGGAAACACAUUGCGAGGAAGAAAUACGUACAAAUGAGAGAAGAAGCCUCGGAUCUGCUGCUGAACAAGAAAGAGAGAAGGCGGAACAGCAUCAAUCGCAACUUUGUGGGGGACUACAUUGGCAUGGAUGGCCAUCCAGAGCUACGCCAAUUUGUGGGCAAGCGGGAAAAGAUGGAUUUUGCUGACACGGUCACCAAAUACGACAGGCGGUUUAAGGGCAUCAAGCGAGACCUCAUCCUCUCCCCUAAGUGUGUGUACCUGAUUGGGCGUGAGAAGGUGAAGCAAGGACCAGACAAAGGCCUUGUGAAGGAGGUGCUCAAGCGACGGAUUGAAGUGGAGAGGGUCCUCUCUGUUUCGCUAAGCACGAUGCAGGAUGACUUUUUCGUCUUACACGAGCAAGCGUAUGACAGUCUCCUUGAGUCCGUCUUCAAGACCGAGUUUCUGAGCCUUUUGUCGAAGCGCUACGAGGAGAAAACGCAGAGGCAGCUACCUCUCAAGUUCAGCAACACGCUUGAGGUGAAGCUGAAGAAGGAGAACUGGGGGCCAUGGAAGGCUGGCGGCUCUCGCCAGGUGCAGUUCAGUCAAGGUCAGGGAGACGUGGCCGUUCUCAGGCCAAGCAAUAAAGUGCUGCAGGUCAGCAUUGGGCCCGGACUCCCAAAGAACGCCCGACCCACCAAAAGGGACGUGACCCAGCCCAGAGGGCUUCUCAGAGAGACGCCAGGCCAGAACUAUCCGAUGCGGGCAGCUCCCCCUCCCCCCGGUCUACAGAACGGAGUGAUAAAGAUCCAGCAGCACCCCAUGCACCCUUCAGGCCCAGCGAGCCAGCGGGCUAGCCAGAAGAGCCUGUACACCUCAAUGGCGUGCCCAGCACUGCCACGGGUCUCAGGGGGAUCUGGCAGGGUACCCCAGCAGCCCGGCAGCCUGGAUUUCCUCAGAGUGCCAGAGCAAGGUGCCGCCGGUGCUCGCAGGCAGACGACCAGCCGCCCCCCACCUGCUGGGGGCAGGCCCAAGCCCCAGCCCAAGCCCAAGCCCCAGGUGCCCCAGUGCAGGGCGCUGUAUGCCUACGAUGCUCAAGACACAGACGAGCUCAGCUUUAACGCCAGUGACAUCAUUGACCUCAUCAGAGAAGAUCCUUCAGGCUGGUGGACAGGCAGAUUAAGAGGCAAACAAGGACUCUUCCCGAAUAAUUAUGUGACCAAGGUAUAACUGUCCCCCGAGGGGCCCGUGAUCAGCUCCUGGAUGCCUGAGAAUAUGCUUUCCAGCCCGAGCUACAUGGGAAGCUCCCACCCUGGGCAAAGUCUAAACACAGGUCUUCAGUUCCUCCAUGAGGUUAAAAAGAGGACGAGCCUGUCUGUUUUAUGAGAAGCCAAAGCCCACAAAGCCAAGGAUUUAUUUAUUUUAUUUAACUCUUUCUCGUGAAGAGGAAUGUGUUUCAAUCACAUUCCAUUGUUUUUUAAAAGACACUGUUCUGGAAACCAUCAGGUGCUCUGUGACGGAUUUAGAAGAGUUACGGGGUGCGGGUUUUUUGUUUCAUUUUUCAAGUGCCUUUAGUUGCUCUGCUGUUUCUUCUAAACCAUCUAACAAAGCAAUGGCAUUCUAUGCACAUUUCCUCUGUGGGCAGCUUUACAGAGGAAACCGAUUCUGCUGCUAGUUCUCUUUGAAAUGGAAGGGUUCUCUCUUUGGAACCCUGCACCAUCUGCUCUUUCCCCAAGAGUGUGGGUGUGUAUACAUCUACGCACACACCCCUCUCUUCUACAGCCUUGCCUAGGUGUGCUUGCGAUUCCAGGAAGGCUGGACCAAAGGACCAAAGGAAGACAGCAUUCUAUGCUGCAAACAGUUCAUCCUGAUCAGUUAAUGUGGCUGGUCCACGCUGACUUUUAUUACUGCUGUACAUGCAUUCCCCCCCACGACCCCCCAGCUGCUCUUUGCCUCCAAGGAAGCUGUAAACUCAAGUAACUGAUUUCAUCAGGUGCAUGUUUAAAAAACCAAGUCAGAGGCAAAGCUGUACUAAUUUGCACAACAAUUAAGUGGCUUGGAAUAUCAUUUGGGGCCCAUGUACCUUGUCAGAGGAACUAGCAAAGAUGGUCAGCUGUAAGAAAAGUUUCAAAAACUGGCCCGCGCUGUUGUUGGCCCACUGCAUGUUGGUUCAAUUGCUCUCCUCCCAUCAAUAAAAACAUAGAAACUA